GAGGCGGGCAGCCCGGCCGCGCCGCUGGCCUCGCUCCGCGCCGCCGCGACCAUGAGGCGGCCCCGCUAGGAGCCGGGGGGAUGAAGCGGGACUCGACCUGCAUGGAAGAUGACCGGGUUGAUCAGCGAACCUGCCUGAUCUGCGGGGACAGAGCUACGGGUCUGCACUAUGGCAUCAUCUCCUGUGAAGGCUGCAAGGGGUUUUUCAAAAGGAGCAUUUGCAACAAGCGGGUUUACAGAUGCAGCCGAGACAAGAACUGUGUCAUGUCACGCAAGCAGCGCAACAGAUGCCAGUACUGCCGGCUGCUCAAAUGCCUCCAGAUGGGGAUGAACCGGAAAGCAAUCAGAGAGGAUGGCAUGCCAGGAGGAAGAAACAAAAGUAUUGGACCUGUCCAGAUAUCGGAGGAGGAGAUUGAAAGAAUUAUGUCCGGACAAGAAUUUGAGGGAGAGGCAAACAUGUCAUGGAGCAACAAUGGAGACAGCGACCACAGUUCCCCUGGAAAUGGGGUUUCUGAGAGCAACCAGCCUUCACCUGUGUCUACUCCAUCUUCAAGUAGGUCCGUGGAGCUGAACGGAUUCGCUGCACUCAGGGAUCAAUAUAUUGGGACACCAGUGUCCACGCACUAUCAGUACCUCCCGCACCUUUUUAGCUAUUCUGCUCACUCGGCGCUGGUGCCCCCCCAGACGCGCAGCCUGGACCCCCAGUCUCACAGCCUGAUCAACCAGCUGGUGUCAGCGGAGGACCUGGAGCCGCUCGGCACGCCGAUGCUCAUUGAAGACGGGUAUAAAGUGACUCAGGCAGAGCUGUUUGCAUUGUUGUGUCGUCUGGCGGAUGAAUUGCUUUUCAGGCAGAUUGCUUGGAUCAAGAAGCUGCCAUUCUUCUGUGAACUCUCAAUCAAGGACUAUACCUGCCUGCUCAGCUCCACCUGGCAGGAGCUGAUCCUGCUUUCCUCGCUGACUGUGUACAGCAAACAGAUCUUUGGUGACCUCGCAGAUGUCACCUCCAAGUACUCGCCCUCUGACGAUGAGCUGCACAGAUUCAGUGAAGAGGGGAUGGAGGUGAUGGAGCGGUUGAUCUACCUCUUUCGCAAAUUCAACCAGUUGAAGGUCAGCAACGAGGAGUACGCGUGCAUGAAAGCCAUUAACUUCCUAAAUCAAGACAUUAGGGGUUUAACCAAUGCAUCCCAACUGGAGCAGCUGAAUAAGCGGUACUGGUACGUUUGCCAGGACUUCACAGAGUACAAAUACCCGCACCAGCCAAACCGUUUUCCGGAUUUAAUGAUGUGUUUGCCAGAGAUACGAUAUAUUGCAGGAAAGAUGGUGAAUGUCCCACUGGAGCAGCUGCCUCUCCUUUUUAAGGCCGUUCUGCAUUCCUGCAAGACAAGCGUGAGCAAAGAGUGAGCCCAGCUUGGCCCCGGCCCGUGCCUUACUCUGUGCCUCAGGCAGGGAGCGGGCUCACCUCCAGAGGAUGGGGGAAACAUGAUCAAGGCAGGAGGGAAGUGCUGAGACAGGGCAACGGGUGUCCCUGCCAUUGUAGCAAGAAUCUUUUGUUUGUUUUUUUUUGUUUGUUUGUUUUGUUUUUUUACUCUUUUUCCUUAUAUAUUUAUUUCACGACAGAGUUGAAUGUAUGAUCUUCAACACGAUGCACAUGGUUCUGUAUGAAUGCAGCAGAUGCAUUCUCCAGCAGUUUACAGAAUGUGAAGAUGUUUAAAGUUGCAGUGUUUGUUAGGGUUAGUUCUUUUGUAUUUUGGGGCUGGGGACUGAGAUGACUAAGACUACCUCAAGGAGAAGAUGCUGUUCGCACACUGCUCUUUUCAUGAUUUGUAUCCAGAAGUGUUUGUCAUAGAAUGCAAACUGCCUCAUUGACAGAGCUGUCAGUAUCCCAGAUGGACAAUUUUGGAAAAGGGGGUGUUAGAGAAGUGCCAAGCUUUUUUUUGUUUGUUUGAAAAACUAAAAGAAAAAAAAAAAAGAAAAAAAAAAGAAAACCUAAAAAAAAAAAAAAGGGAAGAAGACAGGGAGUGGAGAAGAAGGGGAAGUCUGUCUGGCCAGUAGGUUUCUUUUCCUCCAGCAGUUUUCAGAUGCAGGUAGUGCCUGCAGUUUUCUUGAAUCCUGUCUCCAGGAUUGCAGGGCUCCCAAGACAAGAAGGGCUCUCUCACUCAUUCCCAGCUCCAUCUGUGGUAUGGUGAGCUGCCCUCCUUCCCUAGCCUCCCCAGCUGGGCUGCCACUGUUGCUGCAAUACCUUGCUGUUCGACUGAAACUCUCUGUUGCAGUUCAUAGUAGGCUCCCAACAUGGCAGCAGUAAGGUACUCUUUUUGAGAGAGUGAGAACUGUAGUUCUGAUCGCUUCCUUAACAUCCAUUUUAGGUUCAUAAAGGUGGGAAAAACCUACUGAGGGAAGAGGCAGGGUUGCCCCUUUUAGUGUAUUCCCCCAAGAUGUCACUGACUACUGAGGAAACUUCUGCAUUGCAGCCAUCAGAAGCAGCUCAUUUCUGGGAACUGCUAACUUACCCUGCGGAGAAAUGCAGCCUGCAUAAGGGUGAGAAAGGACUCCAGGAUCCUCUGGCAUGGCUUUCUCUGCUGGACUUGGGGAGUGCGUAGGUGUAUCCUGCCAGGACAGUUUUAUUGUUUAGUGGAAUCCCUUCUUUCCAGAAAAAAUUGGUAUGACUAAAGAACUUGGUAAGCUGCUUGUCCCCGGUGUUGGGUUGGGCUUUUCCAUCCAGCAACCUCCACACUUCAGCGCAUGGAGAAAUGGCUUAAUGGCAGCCGGUGAGCUGUCUGAGUAAUUGCUCAAUCCCGGCGUUUGGCUCAGUUUGAAUGUCUCAUGGUAAUCUCAUGGUGUCCUUCCCGUAGUGGUGGUGGGGAGUUUAGGGGAGGUGCUCCUGUUUUGGUUUCCUUCAUUAGCUUAGGAAGAUGGAGUCAUCCUAGGGCCAUGCUACCCUGGCUGGACUCCUUUCCCUGUGUCCUUACUGUGAUCUUUUGAAUGCUGUUUUUAAAAUAUUCUGGGAAAAAACUACUGUUUGCUCAGGGUAGGAGGAUCCAGUUGCUCCCUUUCUGUCUUCUCCUGAUAACAGCUGUGUAUUGCUUAGAAGUACUGAAGCUGCUAUUGAUGAAGAUGAAUCUGAUGGUGAAUGGGAGAAAAAUGUUGUUCACCAAAGUCAUCUUUCCUUCCUUGUACUCAUUCUGUUGAAGCCCAAGAGCCCUCGUGAGACUGGCUUGGCACUCUCUGGGUUAGUCAGCAGCGACGUGGGGCACUGGGUGCUGUCUGGAAGCCCUGGCUGCUCGCUGUGCUGCCCUGGGAGGUGUGCUGCUGGCUAACAGAAGGCCCAAGGAGCAUUGCUUUCUCUGGAAUUCUGCCUGGGCAUUUUCCAGCUCAAUGGUUUCCCUUUUCUAAAAGUCCACUAGCUGUUCAUUUCCCACUAUUUAAAUAUGAUGUUACGGGUAACAGCUGCUGGGACCAGCAGCAGUUCAGUUUGAUAGAGCUUCACAAAUCCAAAGUUGGUUCUGUAAAUCUCAUUUACAUUCUGACUGUAAAAUGAGACAAGCACAUAUUUCUCAGGAAGGCCUUCUGCAUAUGUCGUAUACCUCAAGUGUAAAUGGGAAGAUUUUAGUGUAUCUGUUUGUAAGUUAGAAAGUAUUUCUUCGCUUUUAACUUUAAUUUCCAAAUAGCUUGAUAUGAUCUUUUUAUUACGGGUUAUCUUCUGACUUGCUGUUCUAUACACUCAAAGAAUUGUUAAGUUGAAUAGGAAUAAUUUUAUUCUACAAUCACCGAACUUGUAUAAUCUGCUGAUGAAUGAGUUAGUUUUAAUAAGUGUACAUAAAAGCAGUCAUCUUAUUGCCAAAUACCCAACAAAACCAAUCUGUUUGUUAUUCCGAGUUUAUCCAAAAUGCUCCCAAGAUUCAUGCUGUACCAAUAACAAAACCCCUAAGUUCAUUUAGGAUGACAAAUGGACAACAUGUGUUCCUUCUGUUGUAUACACCAAAUUCUGUAAAGGUCGAUUGGCAGCAUUUACUGUAGGGAGUAGAAGAUCCUUACUAAAUUGACAAGCAAGGGAGAAGCUAAUAUACCAAACCAGAAUGUAACUCACUGGACAGUCAUUCUUAAUACCUUCUGCACCGAGUCCUCUAACGACUUGUAUUUUUUAAACAGGGUAAAGUGAAUGUGUUGCUUUGCAAACUCAGGUAUUAUGAGAAGGUAGGAAUGUAGCUAGAAAUGUAGAGACGUUAGGUCAGUCGCUAGAUGUAUUUGUGAAUUUGGUUUGAAGGACACCCUGGAAAGGUUGGAAUUUUUGUUCCAUUCUUCACGUAGCAUUCGGUUUACAGGGCCUCAUAUUUUAUUUGUGCUUAAUGCUAGUAGGGGGAAGUUCAUUAUCUUUGGUAUCUAUCUGCUGUUGCUUAUCUGACCUUCUGUCAUAGAGGAAUCAAUCAACAAUAAUAGUCUUUGGUAGAAUUUUCUGCCAUGACAAGUCAAUUUUUAUCCCCGAUUUGAAAGAUAAAUUGGCUGACUGACCCCCUCCUCUCCUUCAUAGUAUUUGUGCAAAUGGAAAGCUGAAGAGUUACUUUUAAUCCGAGCAGAGAUCUGGGACAUAAAUUUGAAAUGCAGGGGCUCACCUUUUCAGAGGAGCUCUGCGUAGGUACCUUGUUGCUGUUUUACAGCUCGCAGCUCGUCAUCAGCAGAGAGAAUAGGGCAAAAAUUGCUGCUGCAGGUGACGGGGGUGAGAGCUCAGGACUUGAGCAGAACUCUGACAGCCGCUGGCUUUCCUUCCCCUGCUCACUUCGGGACGGGCUUCUGUCCCAUGAACAGAGCUGUGCCCCUGUGAUGUGUCAGCAGCAAGAUCUUUCCUCGAGAGUGCUGUGUGUGGCUGCCGGGCCGCUCCGAGAUGCCAGGAGCCUUCCUAACCUGAUGGUCCUGGAGAUGACAACAGUGGCUUAGUUGUGGCAGGCCCCGCAGCCAUUUUGCACGCACGCCAGCUGCUUUCUAAGGGUGAGGCGUGCUGGUGGCUGCCAUCUCCCUCAUCUCACCUUGCUGGCCCGCACUGCUGCGCAGGCACUGCAUGCUGUGGGACCCAGCUGUACUCCAGCAUCUGUAGGUCUGAAGUGCUGAGCUUUUCCAGUCUGCUGUCACAUAAGGACUGACGGGGAGCCACUGAGCCGCUGUGUGCGCAGGGACUCCUCAGCACGGGGCGGGCACAGCCAGCUCAGGCCCACUGUGUUAAGUCUUGUCCUUCAAACCAACCUUUUUAAACAAAAAACUUGAAUUUCUUUUUACUACAUUUUUUAAAACUACAAAACAACGAAAAAAAAUCUUCUGUGAAUGUGCUAUUUACCAUUCAUUCUUUCUUCUUUCUUGGUUUUGAUUUGAAGCUAUGAAGCUUGGUGUCUGUGAAGUGUUGUUAUUUCUGUAUUUCUCAGGAUAAUAAGCGGCAAUCAUCCCUGCCACGUCGAAGGCAGGAGAAAGGGGGAAACGUGGGGAACUACUUUAGGUGUGAAGCUGAUUUUUAAGUUUUAGAUGAUGUGUGAAUUGGGGGUGAUGCAUGAGAUGUCAGGAUCAAGCCGUAGUGUUUCUCUGGGUUCUCAGUGUGUUGUUUGCAGCACACAGCAGCUCAGGGAUAAGUAUUUAAACGUGACCCAGAGAAACCCUAAGUUUUGAUGUUGCGGUGGUUGCUUCUUUCAUGCCUUGUCUGGAGGACUCUCUGAGAUCUGAAUGGAGCCUCCCCUGGAGAUUCUGGGGGCUGGGGAGCGUGCUGCGUCCCGCGCAGCGCCCUGGGAAGAGCAAAGGGCAACGUGCCGUCCUCACGGGGAGCUGCGCUUCCCCUGCAGGUGCGUCACUGGGGAGUGGGAGAUUCCCCCCCGUGCUCAUGUACAAAGCACCUCACAGCUCAUGGAAUCAUGGAACCAUUUUGGUUGGAAAAGACCUCUACGAUCACCAAAUCCAACUGAUGUACCCCAUCCUUUUUUUGCCUCUGUGUCACAUGUGUUCGAAUGCUCACGGGAAAGCUAAAAUUGGGUUUUGCUCAAUAGGACAGUCUCUGGCAGACAGUCCCGUUCCUGCUGUCAAUUGGUUACUUAGGAAUUGGAGCAUUUUAAUUUCCAGUUGGUGCAGCUUCCUCUUCCUGCUUCUCAGAGCACUCUCUCAGACCUGUGCUCUCUGCAGCUGCUGGGGGCACCCACAGCAGCACCGGGCUCUGCAGAGCAGCGGCACUGGGCCAGGGCCAGCAUGGGCGGUGGGGCCACAGCCUGCUCCCUCGGCUGUCCCAGCGCCUGGGGCGCUGCAGAGCUUACAGCGGCCGUGCAGAGAUCUGGGGGGCAAUGCAGGCAAUAUCUCUGCUGUGAAAAAAAAUAGAAAAAGUGAGAGAUACUGUGCAAUUGACCUCUAACAGGUCUAUGAAAGAAGCAACACGUUCAGUGGCAGAAGUGCCCCCAAGGGCAGAAAGAAACAGAAAUUGAAACCAGAUGACGAUCAACCUUAACAAAGCCUUUUGUGAUUCAUUGUUUUCUUUCAAUUUAUAAAAUGACUUGUAAUAGUUGAUAACAUUAUUGACUCAAUUUCCAUGACAAAACUACCUCGUGUGACAUCCUGUUUAUCAUCUCAAAGGGAUUGUGUGAAAAACAAAAUGCUGCCGGGUUUGGUGCUGGUGCGGCCCGGAGAGCGCCCGCAGUUGUUCCCCUGCUGCUGGGGGUGGCUGUGACCCGCAGGCGCUGGGUGCUGCACGGUGCUGAAGUAGCAGGGUCGAAAGGCUGCGGUGCCGCACAGGGCUGAGCUCCGCAUUCCCUCGUGGUGCAGAACGGUGCAGGAUGUGCUCUGCUGGCUUCACUUGCUUGGUGCCCAGCCUGGAGCAGACUGCAGCCCCUGCACUGCUGGCCCGGGGUUCAUGGAGCUUUGCAUCCUGGCUCACAGGGUGUGCCCAAAGCAGGAUGGUCCUGGUCCUUAGGACCCUCCACAGAUGUUUCCAGCGAUGGCUUCUUCCAGCAGCACACUGUGUUCUUCCCACAAUCCCUUGUGUAAAUCAGGGAAGCAGGAUGUCUCCUGGCAUGGCAUGCUGUUACAGCUGGAGCCGGCCCGGCCUCGCCGUGGCCCCACUGGUGUCCCCCAGCCCACAUGGGGCACGGCGCCGUCCCCGCUCCGCUGCUCCGCUCUGUGACUUGACUACCUGUGGAAAUGUGACCAAUAAGUGUUGAACGCAUGUUUAGCGAGUGUUAGCUGUAUGAACUAAUAAAUGUGAAUUGUUCUGCA